CCCGUCGACAGCCGGCAGUCUUUAUAAAGUUACGACGACAGCUAGUUUACGCGGCUCGUCGCUUACGUUUGCGGGCUUCGACAUUAGCGGUAUCGAAACGCACAACUUCUACAACCCCUGUGUUUUUGCGUGAGUGAACGAGAGAAGCAUGGCCAUCGAAACGUGCGCCCGUGCACUGUUAUGCGCGCUCGUAAUCGCGCUCGUCGUGGUGAACCAGGCAAACGCCGCGAUGACAAUGGAACAGAUCGAGAAGACAAUGGCGACAAUGCGAAACAACUGCGCGUCGAAGGUGAACGCGGAUAUAGAUAUUGUUCUCGGAAUUCAGAAAGGCGAGUUCCCUGACGACCGCCCGUUGAAGUGUUACACGCACUGCAUAAUGAAGAUGAUGCGAACCUUUAAAAACGGACGUAUAGACGACGUGAUGAUGAUCAAGCAGCUGGACAUGAUGAUACCGCCCGAUCUCGCAGUGUUCCUGAAGCAGAGUACUACAGCUUGCGCGGCAGAACCUCCGACCGGCGAUGAUUGCGAGACGUGCUUCAACUUUGUCAAAUGCAGCUACAACAAAGACUCAGAACAUUUCUUCUUCCCCUAAGCGCGAUCGUACUGACGCGGCACGGACCUGGAGUUGUGAUCAUUUCUACUUUAGAGCGGCAUACGUAAAACGUAAAACAAGUACACGAUCGCGUGGAAUCUCACGGGAUUAGGUCGCCGUGAGAUUUCACGGCGAUCAUUUAAGGGUUGCGUUCGGAAACGUCACUACGCUGGAACGACAGAGAUACGAGAGUGAGAUAAGAAAAGAGAGAGGACGUGACGUUUCUGAACGUAGCCAAGGAUGGAGGGCAAACGCGCGAUGCACACAUCGCACGUCUCCACUUUCGCAAUUGUAAUCUUCACGUGACGCGGAGACCUGUACAAAUACAUACAGUUUCCCCGAGAAAACCCCUCUCCCCUCCGCUGAAACGCUUCAAUAAAUGCAAACAGUUAAAACGAAA